AGGAGAAGUCGCAGGGAGAGAAGGAGGAAGUUUUAUCAGAGUAGCUGGUCAGUGGGAAAGCCUUGGUGAUACAUGAAGCUCUGGUGUCCAGGCUGAGGACAUGCCCUUGUAGACAUGAGGCCCUCGCUGCCAAGACUCUGCUGGAGGGUUCCUGCUCUGUGCCUCCUUCUAGCGUGUGCAGUUGUAUGCCAGCUCUCCACCACCGUCGACCCUAUGACGUCCACGCCUGGCACCAACUGCACAUCGGUAAACACCACUGACUGCGAAGCCUGUUCCCCCGGAACACACUCCAACAAUGAUACAGAAUCUUGCUUCUGCUGUUCCAGUGGCUUCUGUGUGAAUUUGUCAGAUUGCGUGCCUUGUGCAUCCGGCUUCUACCAGCCACAGGGUGGUCAGGUCACAUGCCUGCCAUGUCCUCCUGGACUUUAUACCAACAAAACAGGAAGUGUGAUGUGCCAGUCAUGCCAGCCGGGGUAUUUUACAGAUGAGAACGCAUCUGUGUCUUGUACACCAUGUGAAAAAGGUCACUUUGCAUCUCAACAGAACGCCCUGCAGUGUGAGCCGUGUCCGAAUGGCGCAUUUUGCAACACAACCUCAUGUACCCAAUGCACAAUGUGCCCUGAUGGACAGGAAUCUCUGGAGGUCGGCUCCAUAGAGUGCUCCUUGUGUCGUCCUGGUAUGUACAAGGGACACGGAGACGACCGGUGCAAAUAUUGUCAGGAUGGAGACUACCAGGUGAACUGGGGAGGAGAGCGCUGCGAAGAGUGUCCUGUAAAUCACUACUGUCCUAGUCCAGACAUUGGUCCCAUUCUUUGUCCUGAUGAUGCUUUUUGCCCUGCUGGGACUACGGAGCCGAGUUAUUGCAUGGAGACGUUCUUGCACAAGGAUGGAGAAUCUUGUAGCCCGACGCCUUUCACCAUCACGAUACUUGUAGUUUGUGCAGUGGUAAUAUUUCUUGGCCGUGUUCUAUGUCAUUCGAAAGCAAAGACUGACGUCGGAAAGAAGAAGGAUCUUAGGUUUUCGGCCCCGGGUCUCCUCUUCUACACCCAAAGAGAUCUUCCAGUUCUUUAUAUGGGAUCACUUAUGAUGCAGAACCUGUGUACGCUGGAUGGUAACAGUUCGAUGUCCAUCCUAUAGGAUGCGAGUUGUGCUCACUGGAUGGAGGCAUGUUGGUGUUGAGCUAUAUACCACCAUGUACACUGGACUGGUGUUUCUGUUGACUUGAGACUACACUGAUGUUCUCCUGUGUUCAUUUAGUAGAUCCUUUUUGUACAGCAUGUGAAUAGUCUUAUUUAAGUGUCCCCCUGUGAUGUUGUUUGUUAGACAAAACAAAUUCUAUUCUACAUAUUUAUCCCCACAUUCCAAAGUUUUUUGUUUUUUUACACCGCCUGUAGACCUAAUAUGAUACUUGCCUCGGACCUGCUGUACAGUGAUCUUCCACCAGUCUGUCUUGUUGGCUUCAGGCUGGGCUACACUCAGGGUCUCGUGUUCUGCUGUAGUCAAUACCUGCCCUCAGUGCUGACGUAUCCCCAAGAGGCAAACCACUGCUGAGGCCAGUCAUUGGCUACAGUGGCAUACAUAAACCCCCCGCCUGUAGCCUGGGACUGGAAGACACAGAAAAGGACUAGAGCAGCAGUAGAACAGGUGAGUAUGAUCUUGUAUUAGGUCAAACAUGCUUAAGGCUGAAUGCACUGCGGCCGAGAGCGGUCUGUGGUAUGCCGGGCUGGAUUC